CGGUCCCCACGUGUGCGCCACAUUAUCAUGGUUGCUGUGAUGCAGACAGACAUGGGAGAGAUCGAGGACAGCAGCGUGAAACCUAAAAUCACCGAUGCCAAAGGCAUCCUCAAACAGAACCGACAAUUCCUAGAUUACUUCUGGGACAUCGCGAAACCCGAGCGAGAAAUCCGCCUUAAAGCGAUAGAGGACUUAAUUGAACACUUGAAGCAGAGCGAGAAGCCGGACGAGUUGAAGUACUCUCUGAAGAGACUGGUGUGCGGUCUGUCUCACGCGCGAGAAGACGCUCGCUCUGGAUACAGCGUGGCGCUCGCUCAGCUGCUGAGCGUGUUUGAGGAGAUCUCGCUGAAGUCCACGCUAGACAGCGUCAAGGCGCAGCACAACCUCCUGAAGGCCAGAAAGAAACUCUUGAGGAAUGCAGCGUUUGGGAAUUUCUUCGGGGUGCUCGCUCUGUCUCAGUCCACGCGUCUGCAUAAAGAGCCGCAGAUCAUGCUGGAGUGUGUGCAGCUCCUGCAGACUCUCUCCCAAUACAGAGAACACCUGAGAGACCUGCCCAGAAAAACCAUGACUGACAUCCUGUCAGAGACGUCGACGGAGGUGUUUAAAGAGGUGCUCCUGAGCGCUCUGCAGUCUGACCUGACCUCUGCCCUCAACACCCCCGAGCAGCUGGAGCUCCUCCUCGUGGCCAUGCAGAAGUUCCCCUCGGUGCUCAAAGCAAAAAAACUCAAGAAACUAUUGGGAGCCACAGCAGUCAUUACGAAAGAGAACAUGCCAAAGCUUGUGGAAGUUUUAAAGACGGUCGCUCGCUCUGUGAAGAAGGAAAACAUUCUGCCCCCGGUGGCAUUUGACUUGUUACAGGCAUCUCUGCGGGAGGACAACUUCGAGAUGUUCUGGAAUGAAGCCAUUAUUAAAGGGAUGCUGUCAGAGAUGCCUGGACCCACACAUUAUUUAAGUUUCCGGUUGCUGGGAGCGUCUCUGCCGCUGCUGUCAGUCCCUCAGCUUGAGUUUGUCCUGUCCAGUGAUGUGAUGAGAUACUACGGUCAACACGUCCUGUCCGCACAGCUGGCAGAACGAUACAAGUUUGCUCCAGAGAUGGAGAAGUACUUGAUUGAGUUCAUGGAGGGCUGCUCUGACGCUGACAAACAGCACACCGUGGCUCUCGGCUUCACUCAGCUCACUAACCAGGGGUACCCCGUGAUCCCGACCUCCUGGCAGCCUCUGGAGCACAUGGGUCAGUCAGCGCUGGGGCAGUAUGUGGAGUGGCUGAUGGGGGCCUUCUGCAAGCCCCAGCUGGACAAGUGCAUGGACUUCAGCACCCGCAGACAGAUAGGAAACCAGGAGUCUGAAGUACAGAGUGACAGCUGUGUUGCCAGGUUUCGUAAAUGGAUCACUUCAUGCCUCUCUUUCAUUGUGGAGAAGCAUAAGAUUAAGAAAGAGGAGGAACUUGUCAUGAAAAUGGCUAGGUUUAUUUUUUUCCACGCCGCCUUUGAUGUGAAGAAGCCCACUCCAGAAAUUCCUGAGACGAUGCAGGCUCUCUCAGUGCCCAUAGAUACACAAACACGAGCCGCCCUCUCUGCAGCCUUUUACGGUCUUCUGCAGGGCCUGAACUCAAUGGCUGUUUUAGGUAAUUCACCAGAGGCAGAAAAUUUGAACUCCAGGAGGACUGUGGGUGUUAAAGCCGAUGGAAGCAUGUGGAUCUACUGUGUGGUCCAGUACGCCAAUAUGCUCCUCAACCAGAGCAAACACGUCCAGAGCAUUCAGACCCUCAGUCCAGAGCAGAGGCAGGGCUGGGAAAGUAUGCUGGAGUCGGUGGAGGCCUUGAAGAAAAAAGCGAAGAAGUCUUCCUCUCCUGAACACAUGGCGUUUCAGCAACUCUUUCUUCUCGUUGGGGUUCAGAUGUUUAAGGCUCCAGCUGAAAGUUUGGAGCUGCUGAAUGAUUUGCGGACCUGCAUGGAGAAAGCUCAGGCUAAGAAAUCUAAAAAGAAAGCUAAGGGUAAGAGUUGUGACGAGGAGCCUCACUGGGUGGAGGUGGUGGUUGAGAUCCUGCUGUCGCUCCUGUCUCAGCCCAGUCGUCUCGUUCGUAAUGUGUGUAAAGCUGUGUUUAGCCGUAUCUGUCCUCACCUCACCCAAGAAGCUCUCAGCUCCAUCCUGAACGUUCUGGACCCCAACAGGGAUGAGGAUGAAAGUGGAGUUAUGGUGACUGAUGAAAACAAAAACGGGAAAAAACUAAAACACAAAAAGGAGGACGAGGAAGAGGAUAAUGAAGAGGAGGAUGAAGAAGGCUCUGAUUGCUCUUCAUCUGAUGAUGAUGAUGAUGAGGAGGAGGAGGAUGAAGCCAUGGAGGAUGGAGAAGAGGUGGAUCAGAACUUCCGUUUGGAUUUGAUGAAGGUUCUGCAGGGUCAGAACGCUCUGGCCACUGAAGAGGAUGGCAGUGAUGAAGAGGAACUGGAUGAUGCAGCCAUGAUGAAGCUGGACGGAAGCCUGGCUGCUCUCUUCCUGGAGCAGAAGAAAAAGAUCCAGGCCAAAAAAAACGAGAAGGACAGACUGCGCAAAGAAAAGGUCCUUGUUCGGGACUUCAGGAUAAAAGUACUGGACAUGGUGGAGGUGUUCUUGACGAAGCACAGCAGCAGCGCUCUGGUUCUUGGGAUGAUUGAACCGAUGCUUAGCAUGAUUGAGAACGGGAUGAGCUCCGAAACCACCCAACAGGAGCAGGACUUCCUGCGCAAGGCUGCAUACAUCUUCAAGCAUCGACUUUGUCGUGCGAAGUAUUACUGCAGGGAGAUCGACGGACGAGAGGCGGAGCUUCACGAAAUGCUUGAGCGUCUGAUUGGCCGAGCCCAGAAACUGACAGACUCAUCCGUGUCUCUGUACUACUUCAGUGCUGCUCUCUAUGUGCUGAAGGUGUUAAGAGGUGUUGCGAGCGAACAGGAUUCACCAACUGCACCGUCAACACCGGCGGAGCUGAAGGUUAUGGGUAAAGUGGAUGCUGAGAGAGUCACGACUUGCUUCAGAAAAGUGCUGACAUCUUUCUUAACGAAGAGGAAAAGCCCUCUCACUGGACAAAUGUUCAUAGACCUCUUCGAGAGAUUCCCUGUGUUUUAUGUGAACCUGUUGGACACGCUUGUGGAGUGCAUCACUACUGGAGUGAGAGAACAUCAGCAGGGUCUGGCCUGUUUCAUGGUGCUCAAGGCCCUGCAGUCUAAAGACGUGAAGAACCUGAUGUCUGAUGCUCAGAGAACUGAACUGUGUCAGAAAGCUGUGGACCAGCUCGUCAAGAGUUUUGAAGAUGUACAGUGUGAGAACAAAACGGAUCGAGAGAAGAUAAUCAAGGCGCUAGAGCUCUGUCAGCAUCUUGUUAAAUCCGUUCGCAAUCAGAUGAUGCAGGUUAAUCUGGAGCUCCUUCAGGAUGUUCUCAAGUCGAUGAACGCUGAUGGAAGCCUGCAGAAACAAGGACAUCUGGAGAACUCGUACUGGAAUGUGAUGCAUUUAUUUGGCGUGCAAAAGCCAAAGGUGGAAAAGGUGAAGAAAGUCGCAGAGGCAGAGCAGACAGAAAAGACCACGAAAAAGAAGAAGGGGUUCCUUCCUGAAACGAAGAAACGCAAGAACCGCAAGAAGCCCACCGUCCUGGAGGGAAAAGAGACGCCAGCCCCUACAGAAACCCCCGAAGGAGCAUCAGGAGAAGGAAAGAAGAAAAAGAAGAAGAACAAGAGGAGGAAACAGCAGGGAGGAGAAGAAGAGAGACAAAAUCAGCCCGCCGCAAAGAAAAUGAAAACACAGGAGCAACAAAACAAGAAGAAGAAGAAAAAGAAAGGAGGACAGCAGAAAGCUGAUGGGCAAUAAUCAGGCUGAAAACGAUUAGAAGUGUCGCUGUCUGUGACGUUCAACACAAACUGUGGGCCUGGCCUUCAGAAAUCUGACUUUAAGACCAGUUCUGUUUAGAGAAAUCAGCCACUGUGAAGAGAAACUCAGAUCUGUGUUAUUUGCCCGUUUGUGAUUACUUGCAUGAUAGAAUUUUUGUAAAAACAAUGGAUGAAAUACUAAAAGGUUUUUUUAUUCUUGUUGUGUAAAGUACAGUGUUUGCAUCAGUCGUGUCAGUUAUUUGAAGAGGUGCGUUCUAGUUACACUUUAAAACUAUACAAAUAACAAGUGGGAAUUAACAACCAGCGUUACAUUUCGGUAUACAAUGUUUUGUUGUGCUCCACUGUUAGCACGGGAUUUUUGCGUUUCUUAACAUUAAACAUUAUUUUGACCCUUUCGACAGAAUUAUUUUAUCAGUUUUAACAUGCAUUGUAGUGUUAAAUCAAUCUGCCUGCUUUGCAAAAAAAAUUAUUUUUAUGAAAUACAUACCGAUCAGUAAAUAACUUUAAAUAUAUAUUCUUAAUAUUAUGUUUUAAAUAAUUUUUGAUCAUUGUAAUCUGAUCUAUAUACAAAUUGCAUUCACAUAAUGCACCAUAAUAUUUGUACUGCAGUUAUGUCUGAUUAAAUGCACAUUAUUAUUUUUUA